CGAGCUUGGGAUUCGUGCCUGACGACACCGCCAUGCCGGAUCACGGACAGGGACGGCUGCACCAUUUUCGCGAACACGUCGUCGCCGGCGUCAACUGGCGACCGACGCGGUUCGUCGACGAGGUUCCCAGUUCACGUAUAUGCAGCCUCUGCCGUAUGAUCCCGAAACGAACGGUGCUGUUGCCGUGCUCGCACGCUCUGUGCCAAUCUUGCCACGCAGCCAGUCUCGAAGGGGGCGUUGGCCAGUGUCCAUUGGAUCAAGUGAAAUUCCACGAAGCGGAGUGCUUCGGUUAUGAAUUCCCUACAAGGAUCGCGAAUACCUUGAAGGUGUACUGCUGGAACGAACAGCACGGCUGCGAGUACACGGGCACCAUGGACCGUGUGCUGGAACACUACGAGAACGAGUGCACAUUUCACACCGUGGAAUGUUUGCGAUGCGGCGAGGGAGUCCAGCACAGAGACCUGCCUACCCACUACGCGGCCGGAUGCAGUGCCGGUGUUUCUUCAACGAUCACAGAGUGCCCGUCGACGGAACCUACAGCACUUAGCCUUGAAGCCGUGAACGCUGCCCUUGGAGACCUGAAGGCGACGUUGGGGGCUGCCAACCAUGACCAGCUGCUGCCUGUGAUCCAGAGUCGGUUGAAUGAGCUUACAGAACAAGUUAGAAGCCAGGAAACCAGAUUCUCUGGGAUCAUACGCGAGAUCGGAGCAUCCGAGCGCAACUUAACGGGCGACAUGGCUGAAAUAGCGGCCACGACCUCAUCGACCGUGUCGCACCAUAUGACUUUUCUGAGAAGUGCGGCAGAGGAAGCCAGCCUGUCACCGUCGCUGUCGUUGCGUUCGGAAAUGGCGCUGAUACUUAGAAAGUUGGAACGCUUAGCCGACCUGGAACACUGGCAGCAAACUUCCCUGGAGCCUGUGUCCAGCCGUGUCAUUGCUCAUUGUAGCAUUUUCUGCGGUGGCCAUCGGCAUUUAACCAGUGCGCUGUCAACCACGUGGAUGGAAAAAAUUGGGAACGUGAUGUAUGAUCUGACCCUGGAAAACUGUGAGGAAAUCAUUAAGUAUCAGGGAUCGAGGAAGAAGUUUGCUGAGAUUAGGGUGUGGCACAUGAGAGACGCGUACUUUACGGUUGCCGUCUUCAAGUGUCGGGAUAAUCCUGCUCUCACUGUGGAGAUCGAGUUUAACGGGAUGCUGGUGGACUCUAGGUGUUGGCCGCCUUUUUGGCACGUGGGCGUGUGGGAUAAUGUAAUACAGGAGCAUUUUUCAUUGCCUUCCCGUGUCAUACCCUGUUUCUGCCACCACUAUGAUGACUCAUUGCUACACUUCCACCUCGAAUUCGGCGUAGGUACUGCCUGCCUGAAAAAUGACGGUUUCUUCCGAGACGGAAAGAUAUUGUUCCAAAUCUGCCUCGCCGAUACAGCAAUGGAGGAUGGUGUCAAAGGAGCACCCUAACGUUCGUCGUCGCAGACUGUGUACUGAACUGCUGGAUUGUCAUUGCCAAUUCCCAUGAGUUGACAUGACCUUCGCGAUCUUUUGAUGUCCUUUCACUUAAAUGAAAUCGGAUCUGCGAAAUUUUUUUUGUAACUUGCUCUGCUUUGUAACUGUCAACCUCUCAUUUUAUUACAGUACUGGCUGUUCCUCUUGUUCCUUAUUUAUGCUGCUAAUACAGUGGGUGUUCCUUCA